AUGGAGAACCGCUCAGACGUCGAAUCCCACCGGGAGAAGCAACCCGCGGAAGCCGUCGACGAACUCCCGGGACUCACCCCCUCCACAUCUUCAGAGAGCAGCAAGGCGCAACCGCCCAUGUACUGGAAGUUCGCCGCCGUCAUUCUCAUCUCAUGCAUCAGCUUCGGAUCGUCAUGGAGUUCAGGCAUCACGGGAGCUCUCAAGUCGACGCUCAAGAAGGAGCUGGGCAUCAACAACAAGCAGUUCUCGCUUCUCGAAGCCAGCGAGGACUUCAUGGUUACCCUGCUCAUCCUCACGAGUGGAAUGGUGACUGAUAGAAUUGGCGGUGCUGGGGCUAUGCUGUACGGCAACAUUAUCUACUCCAUCGGCUCGAUCAUCGUCGCCGCUGCAGCUCAAGUGCGGUCUUUCAAGUUGAUGAUCGGCGGACGAGUCAUUCUCGCGCUUGGAGACAUUGCGACCCAAGUUGCCCAGUACAAGGUCUUCAGCUCAUGGUUCUCUCCCAACAACGGCUUCGCCUCGACCCUCGGCCUCGAGAUCGGGAUCAAAAAAAUUGGCGGAUUUGUCGGCAAGUCCUCGGCCAACAUUAUCGCGAAGAACACAGGCAACUUCGCUUGGGUGUUCUGGGUCUCGGUGUUCAUGAAUGUCUUCACCAACGUUCUGACUUUGGUCUUUUAUCGCUUCAACGGCAUUGCCCACAAGAAGUUCGGCAACAUGAAGGACCCAGCCACCGGCGAGAGGUUGACGGAGAAGACGAAGAAAUUCCAGGUUAAGCAAGUCCUAGAACUCCCUUGGGUGUUUUGGGCUAUCAUGGCCUUUUCCUUGUUCCAGACCAGUGCCGCCAUGGUUUUCACACAGAACGCGACGGAGCUGGCUGAGAAGCGGUUCAAGACUGACGCUAUCACUGCCGGUUGGUAUUCUGCUACUUUGCAGUACGCCGGUUUCUUUCUUGUGCCCUGCAUUGGCGCUUUCAUUGAUUUGCUGGGAAACCGCAUCACUCUGCUCGCCAUUUGCGGAACGGGAGUCUUUGUGGCCAUGGCCCUGGUCAACUGGGCCUCAGAAAAGGCCGGAACCGCUGCUGCGUUUGGAAUCUACGCUAUCUCGUCCACCCUCGGUCCUACUCCCAUCAUUGACAGCAUUCGAACGUCAAUGUGGCAUCAAUCUGUCUUUGGAUCAGCAUACGCCGUCAAAGUUGCGAUGAACAACGCAAUGAACAUCAUCGUGCGAGUUGUCACUGGAGCAAUUCAAGAUGCCGACAACGAUAGCUACGAUCACGUAGUCGUUGUCUACGUCAUCCUCGCAGCUGCUGCCGUGGCGGUCUCGGUCAUGUUGAUCUUUCUCUCCUGGUGGUCCAUUGACUUGGGCAACCUGCAAUGGACUAGGAAGCAGCGUAUCGCGAAUGGCGACCUGUGGAACGAGAGGAAGAGGUCUUUCCACGAAGAAAAUGGGGCAAGAAACAAGACGAUCUCCAAGGCUUGCUUCGGCGGGCUUAUUGUGUUGAUCCUUGGUUCUUGGUCGGCAUACUUCUGGGGCGUUGCAACUGGCAACAACUCCUGA